AUGGGGCCUCGACCGCUGCUCCUGCUGCUCCUGCUGCUCUCGGGGGCCCUGGCGCUGACCGCGGCCUGGGCCGGCCCCCACACCCUCCGGUAUCUCACCGCCGCCGUGUCCGGGCCGGGCCGCUGGACGUACCGGUACAUCGCGGUCGGCUACGUGGACGGCACGGAGGUCGCGCGGUACGACAGCGACGCCCGCAACCCGAAGCUGACGCUGCCGGGGGCGGGGUACGAGAAGCUGGUGAUGGAGCAGGACCCGGUGGGACAGGACCAUCCGCAGGCCUGGGACGACUUCCUGCGGGGCAUCAAGCGACAGGAGCAAAGGAGCAGAGCGACCCUGAACAGCCUGCGCGCCCACUACAACCAGGGCGACGACGGGUGUCACACCUUCCAGGAAAUGACCGGCUGCGUCGUGGGGUCGGACGGGCGCUUCCUCCGCGGGUUCAGUCAGUUCGCCUACGACGGCACCGACUACAUCGCCCUGAGCGAGGACCUGCGCUCCUGGACCGCGGCCGACACGGCGGCCCAGGUCACCUGGAGCCAGUUGGUUGGGGUCCCUGAUGCGGACGUCAGGAGGGUCUUCCUGGCUGACACGUGUGUGCAGCGCCUCCGCCUGCUCCUGAAGAAGGGGAGGGAGACGCUGCUCCGAGCAGACCCUCCAAAGACACACGUCACCCGCCACCCCGUCUCUGACCGUGAGGUGACCCUGAGGUGCUGGGCCCGGGGCUUCUACCCCGCGGACAUCACCCUGACCUGGCAGCGUGACGGGGAGGACCUGCCCCAGGACACGGAGACUGUGGAGACCAGGCCUGCGGGGGACGGGACCUUCCAGACGUGGGCGGCCGUGGCCGUGCCCCCUGGACAGGAGCAGAGCUACACGUGCCGCGUGGGGCACGCGGGGCUGCCUGAGCCCCUGACCCUGCGAUGGGACCCCCCUCCUUGGACCACCGUCCCCAUCGUGGGCAUCGCUGCUGUCCUGGUUUACCUUGGAGCUGUGGUCGCAAAAGCUGUGACAUGGAGGAGGAAGCGCUCAGGCAGAGGCGGGGAGAGCCGCGCUCAGGCUGCCUGUCAGUCUGGGUGUCGGGAGGGGACGCCUGGGACCCUGGGGAGCGUGUGGGUGGGAGUCUAG